UGGUAACACUGCUUAGAGUAUUCAGGAUUAUUAGUGGUUACACUGUUUUUGGGAAUGGUGCCAAUGUUAUCAUUAGCGGUAGAGAUAAAUUUGAGAUUACAAUAUUAGGCGACCUCAGUUAUUCCCCUACCGUUUGAUAAGUUAUCCUUCAUGUCCGGUAAUACAGGAAAAUUAACUAUGAUAGUUCUUAUUUGCUACAACAUCGUGUCUACGUGUUUUAUACAUUACAGUAUAGGCUCUUAAAAGAAACGUGCCAGGAAAUAGAUAUGGGAGGUCAUGCAGUGGUGGUAUGGGAAUGGGAAAAUAGACAAGGGCGAUGGCGUCCAUACAGCCCUGAAGUUAGUCAGUUGCUGGAGCGAGCGCAUUCCAAACGCCUAACAAGAGUGAUGUUAAGCGAUGCUGACCCAUCAUUAGAGAAGUACUAUAUCAAUCUGCGCACUUGCCAACAGUGCUCAGAAGACGCAGGAACCAGUAUUCCUCACAGUGUUCGUCGUGUAUGUUACCCUACUGAGUCACCUGCUGCAAAGGGUGCUAAGUGGGAAUGGCAAGGCGACUGUCCCUCAGACUGGCAUGUGUAUGACAUGGAAGUCCAAUGUUUGAUUGAAGCAGCAUGGGCUAAGGGGGACCAAACCAUAGAUGUAAGCAAGACCUACCUCGGAGUACCUUACAUUAUCAACUUCUGCAAUCUCACUCAGGUUAGGAACAAUACUGGAUUUGUAAGGAACAUUAGGAGGGUUCAGCAAGCUCCUUACCCAUGGGUCAAGAUUACUAAUGAUGAUUUUAACAUGAUGACUACACGGAGGUCGAACAAGGUUAUAUCUUCUGGCAGUACAAAUGCGGCAGAUCGAUCUCAUUCUAAUGGCUUGAAAAAAUCUAAUCAUUCUAGCAAGAAGGGAACGAAGAAGUCAAAGAACAGUAGUGAUAAUCAUGGGAACAUUGCCAGAACAAUCCUCAGCAAUCUCAAUAUUUUUAGCCAUGCUAACAAAGGUUCAGAAAGCCAACAGCAGCCUGCAAUGAGCUGUCAGGAACCACCGAAUGAGAAUGGUGAGCAGGCCAAGGCUAAUAGUAGAAGCAGUUCAUUAUUGGACGCAGAUUCAAGCAGCACUAAGAGUGGUCGUCGCCCGUCACUUGAUACUGUGUCCACUUACCUCAGCCAUGAUUCAGAGCAUAAGCUCAAGGUAGAUUUACUGGAUACCAGCAUAGGCAGUGAUGAUGUCUUCAUCAUCAAUAAAAAGCCUUCAUCGCAAACACAACAAGGUGCUAUAAUUGGUACAGAUGCUGCUAGCUCAGAGAUAUGCCGGUACGUGCGUACUUGCGAAGGUCCACCAGGUGGGGAUUGCCCAAUAUGCCUUUCCCCUCUGAGCCAGGGCAUAGCUGUUUUACUUUCCCGCUGUCAUCAUCUUCUUCAUUUAGAUUGUCUAAAUCUCAUGCUCACGUCACAACCCAAUUUUCCUCAGUGGUUAUACAUCGAGUGCCCUCUAUGCCACGAGAUAUAUGGUGAGAAGCGUGGAAAUCAGCCCCGAGGUUCAAUGGAGUGGACAUUAGUUAGCCCUCAGCUCCCGAGUCGUUCAAAUCCAGUAUCACUAAUACAGAUCACAUACCAGGAUGAUGCUUUAAUAGAAUGUACUGCUCAAAAAUGGUUUGCCAAAUUUCGUUCUGGAGGUACGAGUCUCGAAGAUACACCCAGCAGCGGUCGGCCCACCGAGGUUGAUUCGAAUGAUAUCAAGGCUCUAAUAGAACAAGACCGGUCGCUACAGGUGGCUUGGGAGCGAAGACUUGUAUUUACAGUCGGCAGAUCGCUAACUACAGGCCGUGAAGAUGUGAUUACCUGGAAUGGCAUUCAUCAUAAGACAGAGCCGAGUGCUGCGCUUGAACCUAACUUCUUGGACAAUUGCAUCAAGGAAUUGGCUCUCCUUGGUGUCACCAACUGAAACGUGUUUGGCUAUAAGAACACUCUUUCAGUGCCAGCAAGAAGUUGAGAUUAUAUACCUUCAUUCCUAGAAAUUAUCUUUGGGUGUCGUCAUCAUAACUUUCAUUGCAAAUAAAAUAAUUUGUUUUAUUCUAUUUUAUUAUAUAAAAAAAGUAUUAUUCAUAGUAAAAAAUAUAUAUAUAUUCUGCAGAGUAACUUAGUUAAUUUGAAUUUUAUGUAUGUUGUGUUUAAAGAUAGCUUUGUGCUAAGAUAUUUUGUUUAGAUUUUAGUCAAGCUGAAUAUCUUCUGAUUGGAUCAGUUGGUUUUCAGUUUCUUAAAUGCUUUAAUAUUUGUUAUGAGUAUUUUAUAAUUAUAUUCCUUUAGUAAAUUAUAUUUCUAUUAUAAUGGUAAAUGAUAGGGUGUUCAACCAUUUCUAAUCUUGCCAAGUUUAUGAAUAAUUCUGUUAUUAUAAAUGUGAUAUAACAAUUAGUUCUACUGUACCUCAAUUAGAACUAAUCACUUGGUGACAUUAUUAAAAAUAUUUAAGGAGAUUAUCUGUGCCUUAGGACGCCGUCAUCAAUAGCAUGGAUACAUUAGUUUUAAGUUUAAGUGAAAAUCACUAAAUGUAAAAGACCAAUGCUUUUGUGCCUCAACUGCAAUAAUACUGAGGGAACCACUGCCAGUUCCUUGCCAACAUCUACAGUUCCUAGAUCUAUGUGGCAUUUAUUAAUGUGUACCUCAGAAAAGAUUUUAACUAUUUGAAUUAUUUUUAUUUUAUAAAAUAUAGUGACAAAGUUAGAUUAUUAAUAUAUUUAAAAAUAUACAUAUAUAUUUAUAUCUUUAAUGGAAUGUAUAUACUCUAUAUUGAAAGUAUUAUAUAUUUUAUUAUAAUAUUUAAUUGUGUGUCAAAAUCUUAUUAUGUCAAACAUUUGUUAUAUAAUUUUUUUAAUAUUUAUGUAACCCAUUAGAUAGAUAUUUUUAUAAUUAUUUUAUUAAAUUAAUUUUUUACUUUAUAUAAACACAUCACUUCCAGCAUUUGGAAAUAAAUAUUUGUUAUACUUUUGAA